AUGAACACAAGCGUUGAAACUUCCUCUUCUCUUCCCAAUCAAAUUCAAACUACGCAAAGCAAACCUCCAUCGGAAUCAUCGGGAAGGAAUUGGAUUGUGUCUGGAGUGAUGAAGGCGUAUUUAAUUACUUUUAAUUCUCUGAAAGAUGUUGUUACGAAUAUUGUACUUCAAUUAACAGAGACAAUGAAGAAGGAGGAAGAUCAUGUAGUAUACAAACGGGUUGACCAAAUGUUACGGAAGAGUCCUGAUAAUCCAAAUUAUUAUUCCAUUGCUCGAGCUAUUGAACAAAUAACAUUAUAUUCAAACCAGGCAGAGGCUUUAUUUAAAUUCUUUACAAGCGAGCUUAAAAUUCCUGUCGUGUAUGGGUUUCAACCUGUUUCACAAGCAACAAAUUAUCCGAUCGAACAAUCAACAAGAAUGGGGUGUGCAUUUCUUAACAAUUUUAAAAUUCAUUGUGUUGAGCAACCAGCUCUCAAUACUUUGAGGUCUUAUUUAAGCGUUAUUUUUACCAUGUUGCUAGGAGAGAGAGUUGUUGGGCGACUUUUUAAUGCAAAUAUUGAACUACAUGAUGAACAAAUGAAUAGCGAUAAGAAUAUAACUACACUCUAUUAUUCAUCUCAAGCUCAUACAUUUGGAUUGUUGGGAGUUUCGUUGUUGUCAGGAGUGACAGAAUCGAGCUUGUUAAAGUCCAGAAAUAUUAUCUAUACCAAACAAUUGAAGUCUCUUCAUGAAUACAUUAUUACCAAACCAAUGCUUUCAAAAAUCAAGAUGGAUAAGCAUGAGAGAGUUACCAUUUUCAAACAAACCUUUUUGUUUGGCUCAAUAUGGGAAUUUUUCAAAAAAUAUUUCUACAAAAACGAACCAUUCAAAAACCAUGGAUUAUACACAAUCAGAUACCAUCCAUACUUUGACCUUUUGGUAAAACUAGUUAGUGAUAAGCAUGUGAAAUUUGUGAGAAUGGACGAUUUUAGAGGAAGCUCUUGGAAUUUAAAAUAUCUUCCAUUAGGAGUUCUAAAGAUCAAAUCAUGCAAAGAAAUUGAAUUCCAUACUACGGCUAUAAGGGAGAAUGUAGAUGGCCUGCUCACUUUCAUCAAGUUAUUUGGCUCUCAAUGCGUUGAAGUCAUAGAGGCCUAUCGUCAUUAUAUUUGGGAUUUCUCUAAACUUCCUCAUCAUCCAAACACAUCCCCAUGCCCUAACCUUAGAGUCAUUUGCAUGGACAGGAGCGAAUUGUGUGAAAUGAAUCGCGUUUAUGGCAUUCGUAGACUAGUCUUCGAAGUGGAAUCAUUGGAUCAUUGUCAAUACCAACUACAAUCAAAAGGUAUUCCUUUCAUUCUAGAAUCUUCAAGCAUUUCCAUUUCCCACCCUCUUCUACAAAAUAUUCAAAUAAAUUUGGUGGAGUAG